AUGGCGUACAAUUCACCGAAUCUUAUCCCGUUCUCCGAGCCACCUUAUAUUCGUGGCCUCCCUUCUCCCUACAAGACACCAGCCCAUCGUCGCUUCCAACAAGCAUACCGUAAUUUUGUAACAGAUAACCUGAUACAACAAGCUUUUGAGUGGGAACGUGAAGGAACAGUCCCCGACCAUGUAUUCCAACAUUCUGCAAGCAUAACAUGCUGA